CCUGUCCCGGUCUUGGCGGCGGGGUAGUCAUUGACUGUUCCACAUUUCGGGCAGCUUUUGUUUAGCGUUUCGUCCUGGUUGCGAUGGGCUACCGCGCGGACCAAAACAAAGUAGUCCUCUGUUUUCGAGAGCAUUUUCUUCGCUGGAAUGUGAACAGUUUGGUGCCGGUUACCGAUGAAUAUUGACGUGAACGAGUUUAUGAGAAAAGGCACGAAAGAUUACAAUUUUCAGUACAUGGACAUUAAAUAUUUGGAUCGAGUGAUUCGCAAUGUUCAGCGCAAUUCCGAACUGCAGGUCAACGAUGUUCAGCAGCAAGCUCAAAAGCCCCCGGUUUGCGUUCGAAUGUUUACCGAUGAUGAAAUUGAUGAGUUAAUUCGGUCGGCCGAACUUGAUGAACCGGAUGAGCAGUUCGACCUACCGAAAGCACCAAAACAAGCUGAAGAACAACCGACGGAGUCUCCGGAGGCUGAUCAUAGUGAUGGUGAAUCAACGAUUUGUUCUUCCUCAAACGAAUCGGUGGUCAAUGUUGCAUCAUCGGAGCAACCGGAAAAAGGAACUUCGGAGGAACUUAUCGCGGAUAUAGAGGAUAACCUAACCGAUUUUGAUGAGGAAUUUGGCUUGGAACAAUUCACGCUUCCUAAAACGCAGGCGAUGAUUGGAGACGCGACUGGAUCCGGUUAUGAAUUUCUCGAGUCGGAUUCGUUUAUUGAAGAGCUGAUUAUUACCAACGCGGAUAGUGAUGGAGAUUCGGAGAGUUCUGUGAAAGAGUUACCGGUUAUUCGCGUUAGUUCGCCUGUAAAACCAGCCUCGGCGUUGAUCAAAACUUUUGAACAGGAUUGUGCGGAACCUGUGAAUAAUGUUCAACCACUGCUGGACUUCGCGGCUAUUGAACGAUCCAGUAACAGGCGAUCGCCAGGAUCGCCUUCAACGAAUCUAGUUCGUCCUGCCUCCAGGAAGUCACUGGUGGAAGAGUUUGAUACCUUUGUGAAGGUUACGGAACUGCAGAAAAAGGCCUGUAUACUGAUGGAUGACAUACGACAUUGCUUGGGGACUUCCCAAGAACCUGAGGAUGAACUGGAGGAAAGAAAGAGGGAAAAACGAACGGCCGAAUUUGUGAUUCGAUUCCAGAGAAAUUAUCUGUACCAAAUCAAUCGUUUAGAGGAAGACGUUUGUGUGCUGACUAAAAACUCGCCGGAGCUCGCACAGAAAGUUUACAAACUCUAUCGAACCAUUUGUCAUGGACUUAAAUUGUAUCUAAAGAAUAUGAAAUAUUUUAUCAUUAACGUCAGUCCGGAAAAGCUUUGGACGUUGAUCAAGCAGAUAAUCAGUUCGACGAAGGUUUGUGUGCACAAGGGGAUUUUCGAUCGGGAGGAUCUGAUAAUUGAUGAAAUGUUUGAAAAGUGCCAACUGUUGAAAAACCAACUGAAACAAGAAGUUAGCAAACAAAACAGCAGCUCGAAGCAUCGCAAACAGGUUCGAAGUGCCCCUUCUGUCAAUUCUCAGCCAGUAACAAAACUUUCGAUGUAUGGCGCCACAAUUCCGGUACAGAAGCGGCACAUUCCUUUUCACAAAACUGUCACUAGUGGAACUAAGAAAUCCACAACCAAACAAAAACCAGCGGCAGUGAAAUCUUCGAAGCAAGCACGCGGAAAAAUUAUCGCCGUUCCCGUGACCAAGUCCAGUUCUUCCUUGCUGGGUCGUCACUCGUUAGGCCGUAGUAAGAGCAGCGUCCGGGUUCGGUCGGCCCGGACACCCGCGGAAAAAGCUCUCGAUGAUGUUGUAACCCAGAUUCAGCGCCAGUCCGAUCCGCUUGCCAACUCCCAGCUGUUGAGGGAAGUGUCCGGUGCGUUGACGAAAAUGUCUACCAGUCGGGAUGCGGCUAUUAGUGCGGAAGUGAAUCAACAGUUGCGUCAGCUUAUUAUGGAUACGAUCCAGAACAUUACCCAGCAGCAACUGAAGCAGAUGAUCCCGUCGCUAGAGCAUCCAAACACCACAUCCACUGUCAAAUCCCCGCGAACAACCUCUGCUUGCGCUGAAGAACCGUCCGAAGCAACCGAAGUCACGGGUGCGACUGACCAACCCAAGUGUGUGGAAAAACGUUUUUCCACCAAACUGCCGAUUCCGUCACAGGUGCAACCACUGCAAGAGCUACCGAAGCAGGGAAAGCUCGAAGCAAAUCGAGUAUCGAACGUUCCCGCCAGGGACGGAGGUGACGGGAAGGUUUCGCCGGAUAGGACGAAACGAUCGCUCGAUCAUGUGGGCGACAGCCGGAGCAGCAGCGAGAUCGGAAAAUUGGUCGGCCAGAAACGCCAGACCGAGGUGGAGACUGUUGAUUUGGAGAUUAGCGGGGGACAGUUUUCUUCCGGUGAAAAAGGUCCGUCGGUGAAUCCGAUGGUGGCCGCGGACGGUACCAAGGUUGCAGCAUCGGGUGCCUCGGUCAAGCGCUCGGAUAUGCGCCGCAGUCUGCUGGAGGAUCGAAAACGGAGCAUCCAAACACCACAUCCACUGUCAAAUCCCCGCGAACAACCUCUGCUUGCGCUGAAGAACCGUCCGAAGCAACCGAAGUCACGGGUGCGACUGACCAACCCAAGUGUGUGGAAAAACGUUUUUCCACCAAACUGCCGAUUCCGUCACAGGUGCAACCACUGCAAGAGCUACCGAAGCAGGGAAAGCUCGAAGCAAAUCGAGUAUCGAACGUUCCCGCCAGGGACGGAGGUGACGGGAAGGUUUCGCCGGAUAGGACGAAACGAUCGCUCGAUCAUGUGGGCGACAGCCGGAGCAGCAGCGAGAUCGGAAAAUUGGUCGGCCAGAAACGCCAGACCGAGGUGGAGACUGUUGAUUUGGAGAUUAGCGGGGGACAGUUUUCUUCCGGUGAAAAAGGUCCGUCGGUGAAUCCGAUGGUGGCCGCGGACGGUACCAAGGUUGCAGCAUCGGGUGCCUCGGUCAAGCGCUCGGAUAUGCGCCGCAGUCUGCUGGAGGAUCGAAAACGGAGUGUCCCUGUUCCACCUCAAGUGCAGAAGGUUAACUACUCACGCAAUCUCCAGUACCUGGAAAUCGUUUCACCCACGGAGGGCACUGAACCGAAGAGUACCCCGUCAGGAAAACCCAUCCCAGAAGUACAGUCCCACCUG